AUGGGCCUCGAUACCCUACCAACAGAGCUCCGGCUACAGAUCGUUGCCCACCUCCCCCAAGUCUCCCACAUCAAUGCUCUCUGCCAAGUCGACCGCGCCUACUACAAUCUUCUCAUCAACCACCUCUACACCGUCGACGAGCUCACCCUCCAGAAAGAUGCCCUACGAUGGGCCCUCACAAACCAAAACGCUGGCACCCUUCAACGAUGGCACGAAGCUGGCCUUGACAUAAACCGCAUGCGCCGCAACAAUACCAGACCUCUCCUCGACGCCAUGAAAGCCGGUUCUGACUGGGCUACUUGGCAGAUCCUGCACCUAGGCGCCAAUAUUUGCAUUACUGAUAAUCAUGGCCAAACGCCUCUCCACCUCGCCUGCGCCCACGAUUUUCAACGGCCUGCUCUGGUACGCUACCUGCUCGCCCAAGGCGCCAACCCAUCAGCCACGACUCGAGCCAAGGAGACGCCUCUCGUUAUGGCUAUCCGCUGCGGAAACGCUGAGAUGGUCGAGGCCUUGCUGGGAAGCGGCGCCGAUCACAGCGCGCAAGACCGCAUGGGUUGCGCCGCCUUGCAUGAAGUCAUUGAGAGCGGCCAGCUCGAGAUUGCCCGGCUGCUACUCCAGCACGGCGCGAAUCCUUCACUGCCACGGCCGCUGACGGGCGAGACCCCGCUGCACACUGCUAUCUUAACGGGCUCACUCGACAUGGUGAAGCUGCUGGUUGACGGCGGCGCCGACCUAGCAGCCGAAUACAACGACUUUACGCCCCUCCUCCUCGCUUGCCAAGAUGGCAGCGUCGACCUGGUGCGCUGGAUGUUGCAAAACGGUGUCGAUGCCCAGACCAAUAUCAACAAGCGCGGUCUCACACCUCUGCACGCUGCAGCGAUGGGCGGCUCCGAUGAGGUCGUCAAGACGCUGCUGCAGCACCAGACGCCGCGCAUGCUCACCGUCCCUGACCAAUACGGCGACACGCCCGUAACCGUGGCCUCUCGCUACAAGCACGACAGCUUGGCCAGGAUGAUGGUGCAAUUGGUCAACUAG